AUCACAGAUUUGCAUACUAAAACUGCUUCCACAUUCCUCAAGUGAGUCGAACAAACAAACCCGAGAGUUUUGUAAACCGCUUAUGUUACAAAUCUGUAACUAAAGAAGAAUUAAAGUUAACCAAAGAACAAAACUAUGGUUCAGACAUAAUGAUGCUAAUAGAGUUCGCAUAAUGAAGGUUUUAUGCAAUUACGAUUGCAUUGUGAAAGGUGCCAAUGAUCUCUCUAAAAUGGCCAUAGAUACGGAUUUGUUUAGACGAAUCUGAAAGAUAUGAACUCUGACUUUAAAAGCAUUCAAAAUGUCAUUAUCUGCUUUGGACGAAAAAGUCWCGAAAUACCAACCUUAUCCUGUACAUCUACUAGACGCUCUGAAAACACUUAAAUACAGCCCAAAACAAAUCCAACGUCCGAAGACAAUAACUGAGCCCAAAACCUCCUCGACUGGGGGUCGCCUGGGGCUGAAUUUUGCCCCUAAAGCUAAGGCAAGAUCUGAGAAAGCUACCGAUGUAUCUAAAAAGAGAAACGCUUUAAAACCUCCUUUUAUGCCCCUUGGAAAGACAAAGACUCAACAUAARCUGCACAGUUUAGAGUUAAUUCCAACAUUAAGAAAACUUGACUUGGAAUCAGAGAAGGAGAGAGAAAUUGAAAGAGUUAUGAAAAACUUAAAGCUUACCAACUUGAAGACAGCGAAUCACAGAGCAGCGACAACUUCUUCUAAGAAUARAGAGUCCAUAGGCGCUGACCGCGGAGGAAUGGACUUCACAUCUUCCUUAAUUGAAGGGCAUAAYCUGACUUUGAAGCAACUGAGAGAAUUCUGGAACGAAAUGCCGUCAUUUUUGAGCAUUCACGCCGCCAAUCUGAAGAGAAAAUACGGAAUAUUUGAGAAAGAUAGUAAUGACAUUGAUGAUAUAUGUAUUGAGAUUGUCGGUAAAUGGAAUCAGCCUACUGGAACUCUACUCCCUCGUAUUGGGAUUAAAACACCAASGAACUUGCGCGUAAUUCAAGAAGAAGCACACUAGAUCCUUCGUUGCAGCCGUUGACGUAAUCGCGUAC